UCAAAAACUACCUGGGGAUUUCCCCAAAAGUCCAAUAAAUGGAGCGAAAUUAACGCCUUUUCUUAUUUCUUUAUAGAGGGAAUAAAAUGUUACCACUAUUUCUUUACGUUGUUUUCGUAAAUGUUUUGACUGUAAAUGGCGGAGGACCACACUACUGCGAGUAUGCACACACAAAUCCUUGUCAAAACGGGGCCACGUGUAAUCGCUUUAAUAAAGGGUACGCCUAUACCUGUUCAUGUCCGACGGGAUAUACGGACACAAACUGUGGUCAGAUUGAUUGUUCAAGUUCUGUCUAUUGUAAAAAUGGAGGAACAUGUUCCACUACAAAUGGAGGGACAAGCUAUACAUGUAACUGUGCUGACGGUUGGACAGGGAGUAAUUGUGAACAAAUAGACUGCACUAGUUCUGUGUAUUGUAAGAACGGAGGAACAUGUUCCACUACAAAUGGAGGAGCAGACUAUGCAUGUAGCUGUGCUGAUGGUUGGAUGGGCAGCAACUGUGAAAAUAUUGAUUGUUCAAGUUCUUUAUAUUGUCAUAAUGGAGGAACAUGUAACUUGAUCAAUGGAGGAACAGGAUAUACAUGUAGCUGUGCUGAUGGUUGGAUGGUACCUAACUGUGAACAAAGAGAUUGUUCAAGUCCCCUCUAUUGUCAUAAUGGAGGAACAUGUAACACAAUAAACGGAGGAACAGGAUAUACAUGUAGCUGUGCUGACGGAUGGAUGGGAUCAAACUGUGAAGAAAUAGAUUGCUCCAGUCCGCUUUAUUGUCAUAAUGGUGGGACAUGUAACACAAUAAACGGAGGAGCAGGAUAUACAUGUAGCUGUGCAGACGGAUGGACGGGUUCAAACUGUGAAGAAAUAGGUGAAUUGUCAUUUUCCAAUAAAAAUGUUCUUAACAUUACUUUAAAACAACUGUUAUUUGAAUUUCGCUAUAAUGACUGUUCCGUUUUUUUCUGA